AUGAAGGACCGUCAAUCAGAUUUAUGUUCCAGAUAUAUAAAGAUAUUCAUCGUAGUGUCGUGUUAUUGGGUGAUAUCAAUUGCAACUGUAUUUGUAAAUAAAAGCCUAUUAAGCAGUCAAACUGUAGCACUAGAAGCUCCCCUAUUCAUUACAUGGUUCCAAUGUAUAGUUUCAUUCACAAUAUGCUUUACCUUAAGCAGAACUGGUGGCAUUCCAGGUAUAUUUAGUUUUCCAAAAGGAACUCCAUGGUCUAAAGAAGUUGUUGGAAAAGUAAUUCCAUUAUCAAUUAUGUUUACAUUGAUGAUAGCAACAAAUAAUCUAUGUUUAAAGUAUGUUGAUGUUUCGUUUUAUUAUAUUGGACGAUCAUUGACAACAGUGUUUAAUGUAAUAUUCAGCUGGGUUCUGUUGAGACAAGCCACAUCCUAUAGAUGUAUCCUUUGCUGUGGUUUUAUCAUUUUUGGUUUCUAUUUGGGUGUUGAUCAAGAAAAUUUAUUAGGUUCAUUUUCUCUAAUUGGAACAAUAUAUGGUGUUGUUGGCUCUUUGAUGUUAUCGCUUUAUUCAAUUUUUACCAAAAAAGUAUUACCCAGUGUAAACCAAGAAGUAUGGUUACUGUCAUACUACAACAAUGCUUACUCUAUUAUUUUAUUCUUGCCUUUAAUGGUAAUGAACGGAGAAGUCAGUGUGUUGCUCAAUUAUACCAACUUCCAUAGCACUCACUUUUGGAUGCAAAUGGUCAUUGGAGGUUUUUGUGGAUUUGCCAUUGGAUAUGUCACAUCACUUCAAAUAAAGGUUACAUCACCAUUAACACAUAAUAUAUCCGGAACAGCAAAAGCUUGUGCACAAACAGUAAUGGCAACACAAUGGUAUAAUGAAACGAAGAACACUCUGUGGUGGACAUCGAAUGUAAUUGUUUUAGCUAGCAGUGCAUUGUAUGCUAGAUUCAAGCAAGUAGAAAUGGAAGAAAAUUCUCGAAAACCUGUACCAGAAGAACAAAAAAGCUUAGUA